AUGGAGACCAACAAGACUUCAUCGGACAGCAACAGUACCGAACUUGACGACGACGAUAGCUUGGGCGUUUGCUUGAAUGGAGGAGUGUGUAGUACGCUCUCGAGUGAAUCAUGGGUCUCGUGUAACUCACCCAGAGGCUUCGAGCUGACGCAGCUCUGGAGUGCAAUGGAAAACGUGACGAUGCUGUGUUCAUCUUGCAACGCCAGCUUCACGUUGACACGUGGCCAAGUCAUGAUGUUUCGCGUUCCUGAGCCUCUUCGUGUGGGCGUUGGUCUACGUUUGACGCUCCAAUCAGCUGAAAAGGUGACGGGAGGUGUAACGCCUAGUGUGUACGUGAGUGAGGUUCUUCCCAGAUCACUGUACGACUUCACGUAUAUAUCUCUUGCCAGCGAUGAUCCCAGCACCAAGUCUCAAGCCGUCGAUAUCCCGAACUCGUCUUUCUCCGGGGAUUUCUGGGUGGUUGUUCACACGGACUACCCAUCGACUAAUGGGACUACCCAGCUCACUGUCGCUUCCAGUACCUCUGCUCGACGGCGACGACUGCGUGGCAAUGAUGUCUCGUCGUUCCAGCUGGUGGCUGAACAGUACGAAACAUCCGACGCAGACUCGUCCAGCUCUCUGCUUACAGAUCAAUCCUUUGGACGUGCGAUCUUCUCGUGGGUAUUCCGAAGCCCCGCUGGAAUUGCUGUUUUUACGUUUGCAGUGACACUUCUCGUUAUCGCACUGUGCUUUUGCGUGUAUCGAGUGGCUCGUGCACCUGAGAAUCAAGACAAAGUACUAGCGCGGCUAUAUCCACCGAUAAGUGGACGUGGUGGUCGACCUACUCCUGGCAGUGCCAAGAGAGCUACUGGUGCCGUUGUGAUGGAUAUUAACGAUUUUAAUGAACAACCACAGUGCAGCAAAGAGACGAUCGAGCACCGUUCGGAUACUUCGAUCUUGGAAGGCUGA